CUCCUCUACUUGUGUUGUGUGCGUGGCCUUGGGCUUUGUCUAAUCUCUCUCGACCGAAUCGGAUAACGCCUACGCCGUCUCCUCUUCGCUUCUUUGUUUUUUCGCCCCUUCUCCCAAAUAUCUGUUUCUCUUUGACAUUAAAUCCAUUUUUUUUAAUUACCUCCGCGAUGAUGACGACGUUUCGGUUCGCCAAUCAAGGGUUAAAGUGCAGCCGUUAAAUUGUGUGUUUGUCUGCGUCCCAACUAUUUGACCGCUCUACAGGCUACGCAUUAAGGAGAUUUAUUGAUAAGUAUUGAGAUUCCAUUUUUGCCGGUAUGGUAUACUGAGACUUGUGAGAUAGUCUGCUACAUGGCAGCUGAUCAGCGGAGGAGACGUCUCAAUUCCAGCACCAUUGUUGGUUGCUCUUUUCGAGAGCAUAGGGAACAAUACAGAGCUAAAAAGAAGAAAUUAGGAUUUCCACAGGAUGACACAAAUGGGAGGUCUAAUAUAUCUCUUGAGUGGGAUGACAAGAACAAGAGUGUUGUUGCCAAGAGGGAACAGAUUGGCAUUUUGCAGAGAGACUUGGCCCCUUUCAUUGAUUCUGUUCCUCACAGCUACAGCAGCUUGGCUGACAUUCUCAGCGUUCCUCGGGAAAUAUUUGAAUUAGAAAAUUUAGUAGACGUCCUUUCAUAUGAGGUGUGGCAGACUCGUAUAUCUGAAACUGAGAGAAAGGUUUUGACCCAAUUUCUGCCAAAAGGAGCUGAGCCUGAAAAAACUGUUCAGGAGCUGCUUUCGGGGGAUAACUUCCACUUUGGAAAUCCUUUUCUCAAAUGGGGUGCUGCAUUGUGUGCUGGUGAGUUCCAUCCUGACGAUCUUCUUCAGUUGGAGCAGCAUAUCACGGCUAAUAAGAAAGCAUACUUUUCUGAGUUGCAAAAAUAUCACAAUGACAUGAUUGAGGAAUUACGAAUGUGGAAGGAUAGAUGGGAUGGAUGCAAGGAUCCUGAAGAGGAAAUUCUGCAGAAAAUAUGGAGGCCAGGAAGCCAGGCUGCAAAGAGUAUGCAGUUCUCCGAGACUAGGUUUCAUGAUCCUGAAGAGAACAAUGUUGCCACACCAGAAUCUUGUUCGUGGGCUACAUCUGAGAAGGCAUGCAGUAAUGAAAAUAACCAAGAUUUGCCUUGGGAUACACAGGGGAGGAAAGGGUUUUCAGACAGCAAUCUCAAUAACUCAUCAGAUGGGCUGAAGGGUAUUGCAAAACCAAAAAAAGUGGAAAAGCUACAGAAGCGCAAUAUCCAGUUUGGUGAUGGUGCAAAGUAUAUGUCUUACAUCAAGGUCAGCAAAGAACAGCAUCAACGUGUUAAGAGAACUAUGAAGCAUACCAGUAAUAGCAUACAACCUAGAUCUCUGAAUAAUGUUCUGGGUAACCUUGAAACCCUCCAUGUACAGCCAUUUGAAGUAUUUGAAGAAGAAGAGAGGCAGAAGUUGCAUGAUUAUUGGUUACAAUUGGUGAAUAAAGAUAUUCCAGUUGGCUACAGAAGCUGGAUAACAAAUAAGUUGAAAGUACAGCAAGUCGCAAAGUCUUUGGGUCAAGAGUUGGAAGAAAAACUGAAAUUCCAAGAAAAGGAUGGCGAGAGAGAUAAUUAUGAUAAUUUAGAGCUCAUAGAUGAUAUAGGAGCAACAAUUUCACCCAAUUCAAGUGCAGAAGAGUUGUUGUAUGGCGAGGAUGAGAAAAGAGAGGUUUCCCAGUCCUUCCUGGAGGAUCAAAAGGCUAAUCAAGUUAUAAAAGCUGAAAGUUCUAUACAAUUAGAGGAUGAAGAGGACAAGGAAACUGAUAACCUACCUCAGCAAACACUUGAUGUGACAGAAAACGUGGAAGAAGAAGGCGAGUCUGUCUCAAUUUCUGCUGAAGAAGAUCGUGAAGAGAACAUUGCAUCAAUCAGCAGUGCCCAUCAGGUCAAGGACAUGACUGUGGAUUCUCAUGACAAUAGUAUGCUUGCAAAAGUGGAUGAUCUUCCUUUGAUGGUGUCUGAAUACCCAGGAAAUAUGAACCACAUCGAUAUACCUGUUAGUCACAGGGAUCCUCGCGAUUCUGCUGAUGAUGUUUGGUCGGCAGUUAGUGAGCCUGGUUCUUUCUAUCAUUCUGCUGCCUUUGGUCAUCAGUAUGUCUCUUCAAGUGAGUUGUCACUUUCACAUCCCCAAAUUAUGGAGGAGCAACCAACUAAUAUAAUUAAUUUGGAAGCAGAUGCUGAGGAAAAAGAUUCUGAGAGGGAGCUUUUGCACAGAGAAGCUGACGAGCUGUCAUUCUAUGGUUCUUUCCCUAGUCAAGAACAGAUUUUACUGCAGGAAAAGAGUGAUGGGAAGCAGAUGAUGCAUGGACAGCCUCAUGGUGUGUCUUUCUUUGGUGCUUAUCCUACUCAAAACCGAAAUGAGCUGUUUGAGUCUUUCUUCAGGGGCCAUGAUGGUAGCCUACCUAAUUACCAUCCAGAUCAGAAAAGGAUGGCCUUGGAUUUUCAACAACCAGAUAAUCUAGCAAUGGAGAAUGGCCAAAUUUCAGCCAAUUUCAGGGAUCAGGUUAAUCUUUCACUCCCGCUGGAGAUGAGGCAGAAAAGAGUGAAUGAUCUUUAUGUGGAUCACAAUAUGCAGGACAGUGUAUACCCUGAUGGAGGAAGAUAUUCCAUUCAAAAGCACUUGCCAGUCCACGUUCAGGAUUGGAAUGUGAGUACAGUUCGCAUGCUAGCACCUUCUCCCUCUCAUUUAAGUAGUGCUGGGGGUUUUGUGAGUCAGAAUUGGUUUCCUGGAGAAAAUCGGGCCCGAGGUGGGUGGUCGAGUUUGGAAGGUGCUGUUGCUUCCAGCAGGAGCAUUGGAAGUCAAAGUAACUCGGACCAAAGCUUGUUCAGUGUUUUAUCAGAAUGUAAUGAGUUGCAUGCUAGUGGGCCCGCCUCUGCCCCUUAUGAUUCAGUAGGUACCACAGACCGGUUCAUGCAGCCUGGGACGUACAAUGCGUUGGGUGGAGGGAUCCCCAGUACAAGCAACAUUUUAGGGCAGACGGCAGAUCCACUGAACUACUUUGGCGGACAUGAAGCCAGCGCUGGCCGUAAGGCUAACAACUUGGGAUGGAUAGGCGUGUCACAUCAGAACCCAGGAUUACAGGACUCGAUGAGCAAACCAUUUGUGAGGUCUUGGAAUCAAUAAAUGGACCAUCUCGCGCAGGAUGUGGUUGCAACUUAAGCGGGGUUGGUGGUUAGAGCUGAUGCUGGCCAUGAAAAUUUCCUAUGCAGCAAAUGCUAAGUCUCAAAUAAUCUCUCCUUUCGUUUUGUUUUAAAAAAGGAGGAAAAAGAUCCAGGAAAGAAAAGAAUUGGUUUUGUUUUUUGUUUUUUUACUUCCCUCCCUCCCUUCAGCAGGUCAUUGUUCUUGUUGAAGAUGGGCAAUCAGAGGUGUCUCUUUGUACAUAAAUAGAGUAGAAAAAAAGCCAGUGCAGUGUAUAUGAUUUAGUAGGAAUAGGUAAUUGGUGGAGGAGAGAGAAGGAUCUCUCAUUUGAUAGGUGCGACUCAAAAUUUGAUUAGUUCUAUGGUUUUUCUUUCUGUUUUAUUUA